AUGGGGCGAAACCUGCUGCAAUACGGCGUCGUCGCGCUCGCAGCCCUAGCAUCCGUCUGCGGUGGACGGGACCUCCGCCCCUCCGACCACGGCCUGGCCUACCAGGAGACCUCGCCGUCUCCCCCGCCGCAGCAGAACGACGACGCGCGGGGAACUCUGUCGUUCUUCGGGGGGACGGCAUCUUCCUCUGUGGAGCUGCCGGAGGCGAGGAACAUCAGCGACUCGUGGUGGAGCUCGCGCGGAGGAUCCGACGCCGGCAGGGAGGCGCGCGGCGCCGGGAGAGACCGCGUGCGGCUGGGCCUGCUCGUGGCGAGCGGGGUCUGCGGGCUGACCGGCGGCGUUCUGCUGGUCGUCUCCGGCGUCGUUUUCCUGUUCCGGCACCGGAAUCGUAAGAUGAAAGCAGACGGGGUGCCGUCCACGUCAGCAGCGGCAAUUGAUGGUCAAGCAGUCAACGGGAAUUAG